UCAGGACCGCCUCAUGGGUGGUCAAACUACAUGGACCUCGACGUGUUCGUGGCGCGGCUGGGAGUGGGCGAGCAGCCGGAUGGCGGGCGAAGUAACAAGGAUCUCUUGCAGUUGUCCAUUCCUCACACCUGCACCCGUUCCCUCGGCGUCGUCCCCGCUCGCGUCCGUCCGCGAGGUCGAGCGCAGGCGCAUCACCAAGGACGAGCGGGAGAAGCUCAAGCUGACCCUGCUGGGCGUCGUCGUGGACGAGUGCGGGAUCUGUCUAUCCCAGUUUAGGGACGAAGAGCUAGAGGUGCUGGCGACCUUGUGCCAACAUUUGUCAGUGUUCACCUGUCUGUGAAUGCGUGUGAGCCAUGCUCGAGACGGUCAUGUCCGGAGCCGGUGCUCUUCCUGCUCCACAGAUAGCGGGUUAUUUCCAUGAUAUGUAUGGCACUGGUGUCGACAUCCUCGCAGAACUUGAGUUAGGUCCACGGACCUUCGAUGCGUCCGUCGCCGGUUUGGGCGGGUGCCCCUACUCGCCUGGCGAUGGGCAACGUCGCUACGGAAGACGUCCUCUGCGCUCUGCAGGGGAGCGAGUACAAGACUCCCGUGAACCUUGGCGCGCUCGCGGCGGUGGGCGGCUCGAUCUCGGGCGUGCUCGGUCGGCGGAACGAGAGCUGGGCGGGGAAGGUGAUAUUGGCGAGGCAGGCGAGGGAGAAGGAGGCGGUGAUCGUAAGGAAGAGGAAGAGGGACGGGGUGCAGCAAGGUCAGUGGCGGAUGUGGGAAUCGAUGUUGGUGCACCGAAGGAGGCGAAGAUCGUCAAGGAGCAGGAACGAGACGAAGGUGCUGCGGAGAAUGUGUAACCAUGCAUUUGUGAGAGUAAUGAACACGACGUUGCGGGUGCAGUCCGCCCACUAGCUAUUGAAUCAUGGCUUCUCAUUCA